GCUUUUAGUUCAACAGGGUGAACUAACGGAGAGAGAGAAAUCGCCACGGAGAGAGUAACGUGAAAUACUUGGACUUGGUCUACUCAGCGGCAGCUCGGAGGGACACUGAGAGGCUUGUGAGAGGUGUCUGAGCUGAGGACUGAGAACUGAUGAGAAGACGAGGUUGUCAUCGUGGUUCCUUUGCAGUCAAACUCCAAAUGUGAUCUGGAUGUCACGAAACCAGACCAAAGACUUUUUACUGUCAACACUAACCCAAAGACAGUCCAGUCAACAUCAAACCAGCAAAGCGCUCAGUGACUCCCUUCUCCAGCGUAAUGAUCUUCAGUAACUCUCACACCGCAGCGAGGACAGUGCAUUGACACACUUUCCUCUCAUCAUCUUGGAUUGGAUUGGAAUUUAAACACUUUGUCCAAUGUUUACCUGCAGGGCGAAUCCAGCUUUGGAUGCAUGUCCAUUUCCAACCUGGAAAUAGACAGCUUUUUGAACUUUUCACUACCUUUUUUAACAGCGAUACUCCCUGAUGAUCACAAGGGAAUAUGUCACUCUGUUUCUGGUGGGCUCCUGUUUCCUGUUGGACUACAGUUCCCAAGUCCCCCUGCAGGCUCAGCUCCAGAGCAGAACUAAAGCUGGAGUGAUGUCAGCCAGGGGAGGGACUGGAGGUACAGCUGUAUGGUCACCUUCGGGGGAAGUGACGUCAUUAGAUGGCAGGAUGAGGCUACGGAGACAUGGGAGGUCGAGGAUCCAACGUAUUAAAAGAGGAUGGGUAUGGAACCAGUUCUUUGUCCUGGAGGAGUACAUGGGAUCUGAUCCACAGUAUGUUGGAAAGCUCCACACAGACAUGGACCAUGGAGACAACGCAGUUAAGUACACUCUGUCAGGAGAAGGAGCUGGGUCCAUCUUCACCAUCGAUCAAAUUACAGGAGACAUACAUGCGCUGGUGGGGCUUGACAGGGAGGAGAAGUCCUACUACACACUGAGGGCCCAGGCUGUUGACAUCAACACAGGUGUUCCUCUGGAGCCAGAGUCGGAGUUCAUCAUCAAGGUGCAGGACAUCAAUGACAAUGAGCCACGAUUCCCUGAUGGCCCCUACAGCGCCAGUGUUCCUGAGAUGUCUCCAACAGGAACCUACGUGACACAGGUGACUGCCACAGAUGCAGAUGACCCCACAUAUGGCAACAGUGCACGUAUCGUCUACAGCAUCCUUCAUGGUCAGCCAUACUUCUCUGUAGAUGCCAAGACGGGAGUGAUCAGAACAGCUCUAGCCAACAUGGACCGUGAGGUUAAAGGGGAGUACCAGGUUCUUCUCCAGGCCAAGGACAUGGGAGGUCAGCUGGGGGGGCUUGCCUCCACCACCACCAUCAACAUCACCCUCAGUGACGUCAAUGACAACCCACCACGCUUUGCUAAGAGCAUUUUCCAUCUGCGAGUGCCGGAGUCUGCGCCAGUCGGCUCGGCAGUGGGUCAGAUUCGAGCCCAUGAUCUGGAUGCUGGUAGCCAUGCAGAGGUGGAUUAUGCCAUUGUUCCAGGAGAUGAGGGCAACAUGUUUGACAUCAUCUCCAAUGGCCAAAGUCAAGAGGGAGUUGUAGUCUUGAAAAAGACUCUUGACUAUGAGACCAAGAAGUCAUACACCUUCAAGGUUGAGGCGUCCAACGCACAGCUCGACCCCCGUUUCCUUCAUCUCGGGCCCUUCAAGGACUCAGCAACGGUCAAGGUGAAUGUCCUGGACAUGGAGGAGCCUCCGGUCUUCACCAAGCCCUCUUACUCUAUAGACGUGUAUGAGGACACUCCUCCAGGAACCAUCAUCAGUUCCGUGACGGCUCACGACCUGGACGCCAGCAGCAGUGCUGUCAGGUAUUCGCUGGAGUGGCUCACAGAGUCUGACAGCUGUUUUGAUAUUGACACAGUGGAAGGAACCAUUUCCACCAAUGAAUACCUGGACAGAGAGACAGCUCUGCAGCACAACAUCACUGUGGUGGCAACCAAAGUCAACAACCCUCUGCUGUCUACCAAAGUGUCAGUGACAAUCAACAUCCUGGAUGUGAAUGAGUUCCCUCCUGAGCUGGCGCUUCCUCCAGAUACCUUCGUCUGUGAAAACUCCAGAGUCGGGCAGGUGAUCCAGACGGUCAGCGCUGUGGACAAAGACCUUCCACCUGUCGGCCAGAGGUUCUUCUUCAAGACCCCCAAAGAGCUCCGCAACAGAAACUUCACUGUUCGAGAUUUUGGAAACAACACAGCUGGCAUUGUGACUCGACGCUCAGGCUUCCAGCGGCGGCUGCAGGAUGUCUACGUGCUUCCUGUUGUGGUUGAAGACAGUGGUUACCCCGCCCAGAGCAGCACAGCCACCCUCACCAUCCGAGUGUGCUCCUGCGAGGCCGGGGGCUCGCUGCUUACCUGCUCGGCCGAGGCCAUCUUCCUCCCCGUGGGCCUCAGCACUGGAGCUCUGAUGGCUAUUCUGCUUUGUGUAGCUCUGCUGAUUGUCAUGGCAGCAUUAUACAUGGGCCAAAGGCGCAACAAAGAGAAAGAGACUCUGAUGACAUCAAAGGAGGACAUCCGCGAUAACGUCAUACACUAUGACGAUGAGGGCGGAGGUGAGGCGGACACUCACGCCUUUGACAUGGGCACUCUGCGCCACACGCACUCGCAGUGUACCAGCACUCACAGCAGCGCCUCCAAGAAGGACAAAAAUGGCUACGGAGACGGGGUUCUGCUGCAUCUCAGCAGUCGCGCUGAUGACGUCAGGACGCCUGACAUCCAUUGUCAAACAGCCAGCGUCAUUGCCGCCGUGAGCAACAAGGCCCCGCUCUCCCCCCGUGGCAGAGUGACCGAGGACGGUGCUGAAAUGAUCAGGGAGUUCAUCGAACAGCGGCUGGAGGAGAGCCAGCAGGGAUAUGCCGCCCCGCCCUAUGAUUCACUGGCGACCUACGCCUACGAGGGCGACGGCUCGGAGGCCGGCUCGCUCAGCUCCAUCGAGGAGUCAUGGGUGAUUGACGAGUCGGGGGAUUUUAGCUCCCUUGGUGACUGGGGACAGCCGUUCAAAACACUGGCUAGUAUCCUGGACAGACAGCCGCCUGCUCUGACUGAGGAGAGCUGAAAGGAAAGUGGACAGCAGAGAGACUUUGGGUGGCUAUGUGGGAAUUAGUGUUCUUUUCUAGACCUUUUUGUUUGUUUGUUUUUUACUGUGACAGCCACUGGCUAGAACGAUGUGGGGACUUUUUUAGAAAGCCGUUCAUGUGAGGUAGAGUUGUGGACUGGUUAGCCGGAGAGCGAGAAUCUAGCGACAGCUGUGUGAAAAGGUAAACUUUAUAGCUCCUCAAAGUGCCUGAGGUACUAUAUGUUUACAUGUAUUUUAAGUUGUGAUACUUAAUAAAAGAUCUUGAAGUGGCG